GUUGCUGCUCCCCAGCUCUAGUGUGACCCCCUUCCACCAUCCCGCCCCGGCCCCGCCAUGGACAAUGAGCAGCUCCCAGCUCCAGCUCCCGCCAGCAGCGCCGGUGGCACGGCCCCAGCACCCGCCAGCACCACGGCCACGCGCCCGCCCGGGCCCCAGAUCUCCGUCUACAGCGGCAUCCCCGACCGCCAGACCGUGCAGGUGAUCCAGCAGGCGCUGCACCGGCAGCCCAACACGGCGGCGCAGUACCUGCAGCAGAUGUACGCGGCUCAGCAGCAGCACCUCAUGCUGCAGACGGCCGCGCUCCAGCAGCAGCACCUCACCAGCGCCCAGCUCCAGAGCCUGGCCGCUGUGCAGCAGGCAAGCCUGGCGGCGAACCGGCAAGGCAGCUCCUCGGGGGGCAAUGGCACCCAGCCGGCCCCGGCACAGCAGCCCACGAUCAACCUGGCGACGUCGCCGGCGGCGGCACAGCUGCUGAACCGGGCGCAGAGCGUGGGGCCCGGGGCGUCGGGCAUCGCUCAGCAGGCCGUGCUGCUGGGCAACACUGCCUCACCCGCCCUCACCGCCAGCCAGGCCCAGAUGUACCUGCGGGCACAGAUGCUCAUCUUCACACCCACGGGCCCCGUCAGCGCUGUCCGGCCCGAGAGCCCCGCGCCGGCCCCUCCACCGGCCCCGCCACCUGCCCCACCACCCACCACCCCUCAGGUGCACAGCCUGGCCCUGCGCCCCGCCGGCCCCCACCUCCCUGCCCUGGCCAUGAAGCCCCCCGGGGGUGCCCCUCCCCGGGCUGGCCCCCCCCGGGGGCCCCCGCCCGACCCCCCCGCCGAGCACCUCAAAAAGGCCGAGGGGCACGAGGGCCGCGCCCAUGCCCUGGCCCGCACCACCGCCCCCGCUGCCACCCACCCGCUCGUCACCCCAGCCUAUGCCCCGCUGCAGCCCCCCCAGUUCCUGCAGCAGCCGCCGAAGCCGAUGCAGCCGCAGCCGCCGCAGCCGCAGCAGCAGUUCGUCAUCCAGCAGCAGCAGCAGCAGCUGGGCCCCCGUGGGCAGCCUCCCUCGGGCCCCCCCACAACCCCCCAGCUCCAGCCCCUGCCCCCUGCCAGCCCCAGCCCUGGCCCCCAGCCCAAAACAGGGCUGCCCCAGGGAGCGGGGGGCGAGGGUGGCCCCCCCAACGGGCACCCUGGCUGCCACGCUGCCCCCCGCAAGUUCCAGCACGCCUCGGCUGUCAUCCUGCAGCUGCAGCCCGCCGGCCCCACGGUGAGGGGCCCCCAGACCUCUCCCCAAACCUUCAUCAUGAGGGGCCCCCAAAUAUCCCCCAAAGCCUUCCCAGACCUCCCACCAAACUCCCCCCAAACCCUCACGGUCGGGGGCCCCAAGCCCCUUGGUGGGGGGAGCUCAGGGGAGGGAAGGAGGAGUGGGGACACUGGAGUGGGAGUGGGGGAUGUUGGGGAGUCAGCUGUGUGCACACGCGCGUGGGCGUGCAAGUGCACAAUCCCUGCACACCUGUGUGUGCAUGCUUGCCCCAUCCGUGGCACUUACGUGACUGUGUGUACCUGGUCCUGUGACACUGGGAGCAUGUGGCUGAUCCGUGUGUCCGUCCCCGCCCUCUCGCCGCCCGCCGCCCCCCCGGGCCCCGACACCCCCGAGGGCGAGCGGCCCCUCACGCACGGUGAUGGGGUUGCCGGGGCCUGCGCGGCCCGAGGCGGCCCGGAGGGGAGAGGAGCCGGGCGGGCUGGGCCGGGGCCGUGGGCCGUGCCGGGGUUACCGGGAUCCCGCGGGCGCACCUCGGGCCCUGCCGCGGCCGUGCGGGGAUGCACUGCGGCCUUAGCGGGACAGCCCGGGCCUUCCUGGGGCCGAGCCGGGCUUUGCUGGGGGAGAGCGGGCCUUUCCGGGCUUGCCCCGGCCCUGUUAGGGCCUUUCUGGGGGCGAUCGGGGCUUUCCGGCGGCGAUGGCUCCGUGCCGGGGCAGCCGCGGCCCCGCCGGUGCCUCCCGCGCCGCCCCGGGGCUGUCCUGCUCCCGCCGCGCUCUCGGGCUGUGUCCGGAGCGCUCCGGUUGUUUUGGGGCCCCUCUGGCCGCUCUCGCACCCCCCGGGGGCUGUCUGGGCGGCGCUGGGAGCGGCAGCAGCUGCUCCCGUUCCAGCUGUAUGGAAAUCGCGGCCCCGCGUCAGCGCGUCGUCAGCGCCCGCCCCUCACCGCGUGUCCCCCGCUGUCCCCAGAGCCCCCCGAGCGCCUCCAUGCGCAGCCCCGCAUUCCCGGGAUGACCUCGGGCUCCGGCAGCGCUGCCGCCACCGUCGCCGGCGCCGCCCCCCACAAUGGUGAGAACAAACCGCCCCAGGCCAUCGUGAAACCCCAGAUCCUCACGCACGUCAUCGAGGGCUUCGUCAUCCAGGAGGGCGCCGAGCCCUUCCCGGUGGGCCGCUCCUCGCUGCUGGUGGGGGCCCUGCACAAGCAGUAUGCGCAGGAGCUGCUGCCGGACAAGCUCCCAGCGCAGGACAACACCACCACCACCGACUCGGACAUGGAGGAGCCGUACCUGCAAGAAUCCAAAGAGGAGGGGAACCCCCCCAAGUUGAAGUGUGAGCUCUGCGGCCGCGUUGACUUCGCCUACAAGUUCAAGCGCUCCAAGCGCUUCUGCUCCAUGGCCUGUGCCAAGAGGUACAAUGUGGGCUGCACGAAGAGGGUGGGGCUGUUCCACCCAGAUCGCAGCAAACUCCAGAAGCCGGGAGGGCCCCCCCACGGGCGGCGCCGCAGCUGCAAAGGGACCCUGCCCCCCCUGAGCAAGGACAGCAAGAAACAGCCCCCGGGAUCCGUCCCAGCGGGGUCGGUGACGGCGUCGUUGCAGCUCAACCACAGCCAGGAGGAUUCCAGCCGCUGCUCUGACAACUCCAGCUACGAGGAGCCGCUGUCGCCCAUCUCCGCCAGCUCCUCCACGUCCCGGCGCCGGCAGGGGGAGCGGGAGCUGGAGCUGCGGGACAUGGAGCUGCCGGACGUGCACGGCCGCGACCUGCCCGGCCUCGGCCACCGCUUCCUGCCCAGCGAGCCCAGCAAGUGGAACGUGGAGGAUGUCUACGAGUUCAUCCGCUCGCUGCCGGGCUGCCAGGAGAUCGCGGAGGAGUUCCGGGCUCAGGAGAUCGAUGGGCAGGCGCUGCUGCUGCUCAAGGAGGAUCAUCUCAUGAGCACCAUGAACAUCAAGCUGGGCCCUGCGCUCAAGAUCUAUGCCCGCAUCAACAUGCUCAAGGACUCCUGAGGGGGGGCCACGGGACCCCACUCCCCCCCGUGGGACCCCUGACCCUCCCGGGAGCCCCGCAGGACCCCUGACCCCCCACGCGGCCCCGGGGAGGGGGCGAGGGGGGGAGACACUUGUGAGCACACCCCGCCCCCCCUGCCCCCCCGGGGGGUGUAAAUAGCCCCUAGCUCUAGAUCCCCCCCCAGUUUUGGGGGGUCACCUCCCCUUCUCCAGCAGGGAGGGGGGUCCCCACGUGUUCCCCCGUGUCCCCCCCAGGUCAGCAGAGCCAAGCAGGACGGUUGCCUUAACGUGUGCUCCCUCCCCCAGCUGGGAUUGGGGCCCCAGGGAGGCUUGGACUGCCCCCCCAGGGGGUCAGGGAGAGGUGGGGGGCGCGGAGGAGGCGUCACCCCCAUUCACACACACCCCCACACACUGGGCUGUUUUUGGGGGCACCUUAGCAGAGGACAGUGGUGGGGGUCCCCCCCAGGCAGGUAAGGACCCCCCCACUCCCCCCUCAGCCAGCACGAUCUUUUUAAGAAAAGAAAAGGAAAAAAAAAAAUUGAAAAAAACACAUGGUCCCACCCCCCCUUUUCCUGUUUUUUGUUUUUGUUUUUAAUAAACAC